AUGCCCAUUCACGCGCAUAUGCCCAUAGUCGUCCGCCGUUUCACUGCCCCUUCGCCAGGCGCAUCGAUGUCGCGGUUGUUCCUAGCCGCGCCCGGUUCUCUGUCCAGGGUAGAGCAUUCCGCCUUGCACAGAUUUUCGUCCAUUUAUAUCGUCGCCGUCGCCUUCGCGCAGUCCCCUCCCGUCGCCUUCGCGCACUCCCCUCCCGUCGCCUUCGCGCACUCCCCUCCCGUCGCCUUCGCGCACUUCCCUCCCGUCGCCUUCGCGCACUCCCCUCCAGUCGCCUUCGCGCACUCCCCUUCCGUCGCCUUCGCGCACUCCACUCCCGUCACCUUCGCGCACUCCCUUCCCGUCGCCUUCGCGCAAUCCCCUCCCGUCGCCUUCGCGCACUCCCCUCCCGUCGCCUUCGCGCAGUCCCCUCCCGUCGCCUUCGCGCACUCCCCUCCCGUCGCCUUCGCGCACUCCCCUCCCGUUGCCUUCGCGCACUCCCCUCCCGUCGCCUUCGCACACUCCCCUCCCGUUGCCUUCGCGCACUCCCCUCCCCUCCACUUCCGUCGCCCACGCGCACUACCUCCGUCGCCCACGCGCUCUCCCUACGGUCGUGUGCGCGCACUCCCUUCCGUGGUGUGCGCGCUCUCCCUUCCGUCGUUAGCGCUCGUGACCUUCCUGUCGCCUUCGCGCAUUCCCUUCCACCACACCCCGCUUGGGGCGCACGGCCGAUUCCCUCCCAUCGCACACUGGCGCCUUCGCUCUCCCUUUCCAUCUCUUCCCGUUCUCCCAAAUCACGACCGCACGUCCUCUCUUUUCGUAUCGUCAUCCCAUCUCCUCCUCUCCCCAUCCCUCCUCCAACGCUCCCUCCACCCCCCAUCUCUCCUCUUCCCAUCCCCAUCCCUCAUCUCCUCAUCCCUCACCCCACUUGCCUUUGCUCCCCAUCUUGCAUCUCCCCAUCCCUCAUCUGACCAUCCCGCAUCUCCCCAUUCCUCACCUCCCCUUCCCUCAUCUCCCCAUGCCUCCCCACCCCAUGCCUCAUCUCCUCAUCUCGAACGAUCACUCCAUUCCGCCUCACCCCAUUCCGCCUCACCCCAUUCCACCUCCCCAUCCCUGAUCUCCCCAUCCCUCGCCUUCCCAUCCCUCCCCUCCCCAUCCCUCAUCUCCCCAUCCCCCAACUCCCCUUCCCUCUCCUCCCCAUGCCUCACAUCCUCAUCCCUCAUCUCCCCUUCCCUCAUCUCCUCAUCCCUCAUCUCCCCUUCCCUCAUCUCCCCAUCCCUCAUCUCCCCACCACUCACCUCCCCAUCCCUCUCCUCCCCAUCCGACACCUCCCCAUCCGACACCUCCCCAUCCCUCAUCUCCCCAUCCCUCAUCUCCUCAUCCCUCAUCUCCCCAUCCCUCAUCUCCUCAUCCCCCAUCUCCCCUUCCCCAUCUCCCCAAUCCGCCCCACCCCAUUCCGCCCCACUCCAUUCCGCCCCACCCCUUUCUUGUUAA